GUUGGGGCAUGAAUCGCAAAUUUUUGUUUCUGCAAGUUAAGCACGACUGAAACCAACAUUUAUUUAUGCACUUUCCGGUUUUUAUUCGACUCCAGUGAAGCUGCCUGCGUCCUGUAAUAUUUGGAUCAAACAGACCAGUGAAUUAAAUGUAGUUGUCUGUUAUAAACAAAAGGGUAUAUAAUAAAGUACUUACAAUGAAAGACAAUACAAUACUACAUAUACACAAUGUAUACACUCAACACACUGUAAGCUACUAUAAAAUGGAGGAAAAAGCCACAAAAAAAGCACCUUUAGCAGCAGAAAUGUCACCGUAUUUUACACAGAAACUAGUGGGCGUGGCAAAGCACAGGUGAGUGGCAGGAGAAGGAAAUCUCGAACACAGGAAGCUGGGAAAGGUAGGCUGUUGUUUUUUUCUCGGCAUACACGAAAACAAGACAACAUUGUGUUUACAGUCCAAAGGGGCAGCUACAGGGAUACCAGCCAAGCACGUCCAUAAUCUUCUUCUGCAGGUCGAGGAAAAUGCCAGAAAGGGGGAGACACCAUGAGAGGAAUGACAAGAGCAGGGACAGGGACUAUUCACACAAUGGCAACCACGCCUCAUAUGAGAGCAGAGGUCGCAACCAAAACCCAAGAGACGUGGACCAGAGAGGCUCUGCUGGUGACAGGAUGGCCAAACAAAACAGACAGAGGGAGAUGACAACUGCCUCUCACACAGAGACACCUGCUUACAGAGACCAAGACCAUGAAGGACCCUCAAGACUGUCCAGAGAGACUUCAGUGUAUCACUCUGAAGGGGAGUAUUAUGAGCGACAACACAGACAAGCACACUACAAUCUCAGAUACAUCCUAACAAGUAGAGGUCUCUGCCAGCUUAUGGAGCUGUUUGUGAAUCUUCUUAUCGUCAUCUGUGCUGGAGUACCAUACAGCAACAACGGGGGUUACCGCGACCUGGCCAGCCUCGGUGGACUCUACUAUUAUCACUUUGGUGGAGCCAAUGCCUUCACUGGAGCCGAUGCAGAUAGGGUGAAGGAGCUGGACCAGCUGUUCCAUCAACUUAAGCAACCUCCAUAUGUCUUCACCAUGGCCUGUGGUGGGGUUUUAAUGAUAUAUGCCUGUGCCAUGCUCGCCCUGGGGAUUUUCCGAGUCCCUUACCGCUGGCCCCCUGUGCUACUGGGGGAAGCUCUGCUGAACCUCCUGAUCGGCCUGGGCUACAUCCCUGCUCUGGCCUUCUACUUUAUUAAGCUCCAGGGAACCUACAACGAUCCCAUCUGUAAGGAGAGGGAGCAGAUGUACAAGAGCAAAGGGCACAAGGGUUUUGAGUGCCAGUUCCACGGCGCAGAUAUCGCAGGAGGUCUCUUCGGGGUGCUGGGAGUGUUUGUUUUCAUCUUUGGUGCAGUGUUAGCUGUCAGAGCUUUCAGGUCAGUGCGGGAGCUAAAGACACAAAGGACAAACGAGGACAAUAAUUUCUAAGCUAGCUUUUCUAUUUCACAUAUUUGAACAAAGGUGGGAUUGAGUAGAAAUCCCCGUGACAAGAAAACAUGGAUGUUUUUCUUAUCAUAUUAGGUAUAUUGUCUGUAAACCGUUGAAUCGGCUUUUUUAUGCACUUUUUAUGCAGUUUUUUAAAAUACUUUUGUAUUUCUUACACUUACACUACCUGUUUACAGUGUCUGUUACAUUUUUAAAAUAAAUAUGUAGUUAUAAUAAACAAAUCUAACGGUGGAGAA